CUCGGGGGUGGGCGUCCGAUGGUAGCUUCACGAGUGGGAGCGGUCACUUUUCUCUCGCUCGCGGUCGCGGUCGUCCUUGUCUCGUCUUCGUUAUCUUUCUCUGUCCGGAGUUCAGUCACGGUCACGUUCACGCUCACGGUCCGUCAUAGUGUAGAGAGGAGGUUGAGGUUCGUUGUUGGCUCUGGCAAAACCUGAACGGUGAUCGUGGCCAGUUUAUGGUCGGAUGCGUAACAGAAGUUUAUGGCAGACGCCAAUUGUUACGACAAAAAACUUACUGUUGUUACCAAAACAAAAAGGAUAAUGAUAUUCCAACAAAAUUUUUUGACAAGGAUUUGACACAGCUGACGUGGCAGGGGUUUUUUUAAUUUUUAAAAACUGAAAAUGUAUCUUCGCACGUGCAGCCAAGAGAGAAACAACGCUUAUGUUAAAUGUCCUUUAGAGAGAGAAAGUUAAGAGAAAAAGGGGGGGAAUUGAGGCGGUCUGUUGUGCAGUUUGAGAGUGAAGAGAGAGAAGGUCGAAAGUGAGGCAGCGGCAACCAUUUCGCCGGUGAGAAAGUGGAGGGUCGUUGUCGAAGAAAUUGGAUACCGUCCCUACCAUCCAGAAGACGUCAUUUUUGAAGUGGGUAGUGUAUUUGGAAUUCUUAAUCGACGCUGCUUGGUCGGCGACAGCCGUGUGGUGGUCGUUUGUGUUGCAUUGUUGUUUGAGGGUUAGUGAAAGAUCCUUUGUCCAUGAAAACGUAUUGGCCGGAGUAGUUUGUCAUCACAAAGUUAUGGCUGGUGAAUGUGGAUUGAAUGAGAAGGCUCGAUUGCGUACUUUUUGUCAGACAAAGUGGAUUGGCCAAAUGAAUGGGAUAAUCUUAGAUAGGCAUCGCGAAAGGAUUCAGGGUACACCAUUCAAAUGGUGUUUGGACAUGCAAGAACCAUUAAAGAUAUGUAACCCUCUUUUGCUUGAGUUAUUGAAGCGUUGACUACCUGCUCAGGAAUCUUUUCGUGUCAUGCAACGGUCAAUCCCGUUUACUUGUGCGGACAUUUGCAUGUCUUUAGAAUUGUCUGUUGUUGGGUUAGAUGUAGAUUUUGAUAAAACUGUUUGUGGGGUAGUGGGUGGACUUUUGCAAGACAAAAUAGUAACUGUUAAAACCAUUAUUGAAAUAAUUCAGAGUUUGGUAGGUAGUGAUUCUAAUGAAGUUGAUAACGUUUGUCGUUUGUACAUAUUUGUUUGUUUUGUUGUGUUUUACUUUCCUAGAAAUUCAAAAACAAUUAGUAACAUACCUUGUAGUGUUUUAGAUGAUAUAGAUGGGCUGUCCAAUUACAAUUGGGGUAAGACAGUUCAUAGUUUUUUAGUUAAAAGUUUAAGUCGGGCGUUUCUGGCACUUGGGCAGGCAGAGCUUUGCUUAAGUGGUGCAUCACCAGUUUUGCAGAUUUGGGCUGUAGAAAGACUUUCAUUGGGUGGCCCAGAAUUGCAGUUAAUUUUUCCGAGAAUAUUGGCGUGGCCGGAAGUUCACUUCAAGUCAAGACGGAUUGAGAAGUUGUUCCAGAAGAGCAAAAUAUGUUUGGAAUGAAGGCUAAGAGAAGAAGACAAGCAAAAUAUUAUGAUUCGUGAAGCGUUGCAACUUGGUGACGAAGCAAAGUUUGAAAAAUCGCAUGUGGAUAUAAAGUUGGCUUCGACAAAAGUUCUGCUGCAGAGGCUGAGAACCCAUAGAACACGGCUACGGAUGAUGAAGGACGAAAUGACUUUGAUGCGCGAAGAGAUAUCAUUGCGAUGUCAUGGUGGAAUUGACAAGGGUGUGCAACAUGGGGAGGGCAACGACAGUUAUGAGGUGGAGGUGGAGGUUGGAGAGCGUGACACUGAUGAACAACUUCCUGCUGAUGAUGGAAAUGUCGUUGAAGGAAGUAGUCGUGUUGAUGUGGGGAAAGGCCUUGAUGUCAACCGUGCAUCCCAUGGAGGCAUUUUUGGUGAAGUUGAACCGCUUCAAGCCAUAGUUCCCUAUGUUCCACAACAGCCACGAAUGACUCAAUUUAAAGUUGAUUACAUGAAGUUGUAUAGCAGUAUAACGGUUUUUGGUGUACCAAACAGGGUGGUUUGCAACAUCAAUGGUCAAAUUCUAGGUACGAAUGAGUGUUGGGGUUUUGGUCCUGGAAAGAAGGUGGACAAUAUGACGCAUGUACUGACUGACUCACGGAGGAUGAUUGUUAAGAGACGUCAAUGGACAUUGAGAGACUACGGUGCCUACUUUCGUGCAGGACUGAUUGUGUUAGAUGACAUUUUGUCUGCUGAUUUUUUGUUUGCUCCAAUUGUGAAUGACGAUCAUUGGUGGUGUUAUGUCGUCAAUUGUAAAGAGAAGAAGUUGUACGUGCUUGAUUCGAUAGGCCACUCCAACAAAAGUCGUAGAAAAAUAGACAACGCAGUUGCUCAUAAUAUGGGAUUACUUUUUGGGAUGUUGAUGAAGUGUUCGGAACAUGACUGCCCAAAAUUUGAAGUUCACUGCGACAUAACUCCCAUUCAACCGAACUUAUACGAUUGUGGCAUUAUUGUUCUUCAAAUGAUGGAGUUGUGGGAUGGUCAGAAGCAAUUUGAUGGCAAUAGCAUGCCUAAUUACACUAAUGAACAACUUCAACUGAUUAGACAGCAAUACAUUUGGCGUUGGAUCCUAGAUGUUGACAAUAUCUACAGGCAAGAAGUCCUACAGUACUACAACGCGCUUUUAUAGAACAUAGGUGUGCAUUGAAAAGGAUGGGUGGUAUAAUGUACGCUAUGAACUUUUUUAACAUUUUUUGGGAAGGCCAUUAACUUGUUGUACAAAUCAACUUGUAGAGUUAAUGACAACACAAUCCUACCUUGUUGAUUGAUAGUUGUAUAGUUGUUUUAAAACAUUAAGGUC